AGUCAGUUUGCUUUCUUCCGUUUUCCAUGUCAUUUCCUGUAAUAAAAAGAUGGUGGUCAAAGCCUGCAGAAGCGGCUGACUCGCAGCAAUAAUUUUCAUCAGAAAAAACUUUGCAUCGCCCUGGACUAGUGAAACUGCUGAGUGGUGGUGAGUAAUCAGUUGAGAUCACCGCGGCUCAAGAGGGGGUCGGGAGAUUACGAGGUCGGUGCAGACCCUCCAGUACACUCUGUGGAAGAUUUGAAAGAUGCAGUACUGAAGUCAGUGAUCCCUGUCUCCUGCUCUACAAUGGCAGAACUGACAGCCUUUCAAACUGAGCCAUCGUCAGACCCUGAGCACAACAGCAGCACUAGUCUCAAAGAUGAGCAGACAGAGCAGAACAAGAGACAGCAGGUGAAGCGAGACCUCGAGCGCGACUUCGAGCGCAACCUCGAGCCCUCUGACAGCACCAAACACAGAGACCUCUGGUUCUGUGAGGAGUGCAAAGAGUACUUUUUGCAAGAAUGUCCCACGUGUCACGAGCCGCCGGUGUUUGUGCCAGACACCCCGGUUGCUCUGGGCGCGUCCAGCAGGGCGGCGCUGACUGCUCCGUCAGGGCUGGAGGUAGUGUUGGAGGGGGAUGAGGUGGAUGUGCGCUGUGUGGAUGUAAACAUCCGGAACGGAUCCAUCUUUGGUCCAUUUCAAGGGGAGCUAGUGGCCAAGGACCCGUCUUCUGGGCAGUUCUCCUGGAUAAUCGUUGAUGAGAACAACACGUACAAAUCCAUUGAUGGCAGUGAUGCGACUAAAGCCAACUGGAUGAGAUAUGUGAGGACCUCCGCAGACGAGGACGAGAGGAACCUGACUGCUUUCCAACACGGAGAAGAGAUAUAUUUCCGUGUGUGCCGACAGUUCUUGGUGGGAGAGAAGCUCAGAGUGUGGUACGGCACUGACUACAUCAGUCGUCUGCACAGUGUCUCACAGGACAGCAUCGCCCGCAGUCUGGACACAGGUUCUCCUUCUGCUGUGAAGUCGGAUGCCUUGUCCAGUCCCCAGGAGGACAGCAAAGGUCCGGUGCUCAGGUCGUCUCUGCAGGGCAGGAAGGGCUUAGGGAAGCUCAGCGGUGAGGAGGGGGAGGGCCAACCCCAAGCUAAGAAGAAGAAGAUCGACCUCAUCUUCAAGGAUGUUGUAGAAGCUUCUCUGGAGGCCUGUAAAGGUGCGAACACCCCCAUGAACAGCUCGCUGUCUCUGAAGAGGACCAGGUCCCUGCACACCCCGCACUACUACAGCCUUGCCGGCACGCUCGCAGCCCCCAGCGGGAAGUCGUGCCUUGCCCAGGAGGACUGUAAAGCGCAGUGUCUGGGCGGGAGCCUCAACAUUGACUUUAAUCUGCACACGCUGAAGGCAGAAGAGAACCACAGCCAGGUCUACGAGGGGCCCUCCACUUCGUUCUGUCCCAACUGUGUGAGGCUGAAGAGGAGGAUCCGGGAGCUGGAGGCGGAGGUGUUGCGCCUGCGGGGCGGCGAGCACAUGGACGACCUGGCCCCUCCCCUUCCGGAGCAUGCGCCACUGGAAGAUUUUCAAGAGAUGGAGGCCAUGACCCCGAUACCGGUGGCGCUGGAUGAAGAUGAUCAGGACGCAGACUCGGCGGAUGAGUCUAUCUCCGCUGACCUCAUGGUCUCCGUGGACGACCCCUCCAAGAUGUCUGCUGGGCCCGGCCGACGGAUACGCCGUUUCAAGCAGGAGUGGCUGAAGAAGUUCUGGUUCCUGCGCUACUCUCCCACGCUGAACGAGAUGUGGUGCCACGUGUGUCGCCAGUACACCGUCCAGUCCUCACGCACCUCCGCAUUCAUCAUCGGGUCCAAGCAGUUCAAGAUCCACACCAUCAAGCUGCACAGCCAAAGCAAUCUGCACAAGAAGUGCCUGCAGCUCUACAAGCUACGCAUGCACCCGGAGAAGACCGAGGAGAUGUGUAAGAACAUGGUUCUGCUGUUCAACGCAGCCUACCACCUGGCCCUGGAGGGCCGGCCCUCCUCGGAGCUCAGGGCUCUGGCUGAGCUUCUCAAGAGGUGCGAUCUGAAGGUGGUGGACCAGUACAUGAACGAGGGAGACUGCCAGAUCCUCAUACACCACAUUGCCAGGGCGCUGAAGGAAGACCUGGCUGAGAAGAUCCGCUUGUCUCCCUUCCUCAGCGUUAUCAUGGACGGGCAGAACGACGACCUGCUCUCGGACACGGUUGGUGUCUACGUGCAGUUCCUCACCAACGAAGGCCCGCCUGCCACUGAGUUCCUCUCCCUUCAAAGGCUGAGUGUGGGCAGCGUGGAUGGCUACCUCCAGGCCAUAGAGCGGGCCUUUGGCGUCCUGGGCCUGAGGUUCCAAGACAUGCUGGUGGUUGGUUUGGGAGUAGACGGAGCCAACAUCUCCUCUGGCCUGAGAGCGAGCCUGUACAUCGCUCUUCAGAAGAUCCUGCCCUGGAUCCUCUGCCUCCCUGUGAUGAUCCACCGGCCUCACCUAGAGGUGCUGGACGCCAUCAGUGGGAAAGAGCUGUCCUGUCUGGAAGACCUGGAGAACAACCUGAAACAGCUGCUCAGCUUCUACCGGUACUCUCCUCGCAUGAUGGCCGAGCUGCGGUCCACAGCGCCCACCCUCUCUGAGGAGACUGAGUUCCUGGGAGACAUCAGAGCCGUUCGCUGGAUCAUAGGCGAGCCAAACGUCCUGAACGCGCUGAUCAAGGAUUAUCUGGAGGUGGUGACGCACCUCAAGGACAUCAGCAGCCAAACGCAGAGGGCGGACGCGGCGGCCAUUGCUCUGACCCUGCUACAGUUCCUCAUGGACUACCAGUCGGUGAAGCUCAUCUAUUUUCUUCUGGACAUCAUUGCUGUUCUUUCACGCCUGGCCUACAUAUUUCAGGGUGACUACCUGUUGGUGUCUCAGGUAGAUUCCAAGAUCGAGGAGGCCAUCUUUGAGAUCGGUCAGUUAGUGGACUGCCCUGGGGAGUACCUGCAAGAGUUCGAAGAGAACUUCCGUGAAAGCUUCAAUGGUGUUGACCUGAAGAACUUGCGUGUUGCGGAAUCCAAAUUUCAAUCCAUCCGGGAGAAGAUUUGCCAGAGGAGCCAGAGCAUCCUGUCUCAGCGGCUGGACAUGCACAGCCGAGCCGUGGCCAGAGCGUGUCGGGUUCUGGACCUCAACACCUGGCCUCACAACAGGGACGACCUCAGAGCCUACGGAGAGGAGGAGAUCCUUCUCAUGUUUGACCACCUGGACACGAUCCCUGCAGCUGGACGGGAGACACCUCAGGACAAGACCAAGGCCAGGAGCAACCUGAUGGUAGAGUGGAGGGAUCUCAAAGCAGACUACUACAGCAUGAACGGCUUUAAGGAGGUGGUCGGUCACAUCUGCAGGUACAGACAGAGAUUCCCUGUUCUUAAUCGUGUCUUGCAGCUUGUCCGGGUCCUUCCGACCUCCACUGCCUGCUGCGACAAGGGCAGAGUGUCUUUGCAGAAAGUACGCAAGAACAACCGCUCCCGUCUCACCAUGGACCACACCAACGACCUACUGACUCUCGCGGUGAACGGGCCACCCAUCGCUCACUUCGACGGCAAGCGACCAUUGGACAGCUGGUUUGAAGAGAAGUCCGGGAACAGUUACUCUCUCUCUGCAGAAAUGUUGAACCGAAUGUCCACCGCUGAUCAGAAGUCUGUGCUGCACAGUGUGGACGUGAACACCAACUUUUACCCUGACAUCUGACGGACGCGCCCCAAGUGGCACAUACCUCCUCGUCUCUCUACGUCAGAAAGCCGUAAAGUUGUUGGGAGCGACGAUCUCGGCUGUGACCAACCUCAGAGAUGUGCCAUGUUCAUGCUGCCCAGAUGGUUCAGUCUGUGAUCUUCAAAUAACAGCACUGUGUGAGAGGGUACAUGCGAUAGCGUCAAGCUCUCAGGUGCCAGGUUGGUCUUUAAAGGGAAGACCGGGAACACAGCAAAUCAAGGAGACAUACAGAACAGGUCAAAACUGCUAUCUUUGCUUGAGUAUGUUAAAUAUAGAAUCAAAGCACAGUAUGACAUGUUACCACUUAGCACUUAAGACGUGCAGAAAACAGAUGGUUUCAACAGCCUAGUUCUCACCUGGACGUGUCGUCCUGCAGUGGUGACCAGCAGGCAGGAACUGACACGUGCCAAACACGUCAUGGCACUAAAGCACGUUUCACUGAAAUAUGAAACCACUUAAUAAUUAACAGUUAAAUGACAACAGCAUUUACUACACUAUAAAUCUAGGUGUAUACUAUUUUAAAAGUAUUGUAAUUCUCUAUGUCAUUAGAGAUUGUGCCAUUGUUCACAAUGCAAGUCAUAAGAGAGAAAGUCAAAGGUGCUAUUGUGCUAGGCCAUGCAAAGAAGUGAAUUGUUUUGCACAUUGUGGUGAUUGAUAUUGUUAUUGUGAGUUUUAUGUCUUAAUAUUACAGAGGGGAUGUGGUCAAUAUUUGGUUUUGCACCCAACAAUGUAUAUUAUUAGUAUUGAUGAUACCAUUUACUAUUUACAGAUUACUGAAGGUGUUCCCUAUAACCACACCUGGUUUGAUUAUAAUUAUCUUCAAUAGUUGCUUCAUUGCCUGCCUAUUAUAUUUGGUUAUCAUCAUUUAUAUUUGCUGCCUUUAGAAUUGGUCAUUUUUUACGUGUGUUCUGUUUUUCAAACAAUACAAGAUGGCUUUAGGUUUAGGUUUCUGUAAAAAAAUAUGCUUUAGGUUUGGAGGUAUACAUGUUUCAAUUUUGUAACAUAGCAAGUUUUCUUUCUUUGAAAUAUUUCAACCUCACAAGAAGAACAAGGUUCAGUUUAGUCAAAUGUGAAAAUAAAACAACCAAGGUUUUGCACUAGCAGGUUAAACUGUGUGAAAUGUAACUGCUAUGUUUGAAUAGAUGACUGGGAUCUUAAUGGCUGAGACUGUUUCACUAUAUUUUUAGAUGUAUGUUUUAGUUUUAUCAGAGCCUGGUAUCACCGUAGUAGUGUCAGUUAGGUUCAGUAGCCUGUAUUGGCAUACGCACAUACGAUCUAGGUUAAAUUACCUUGAGAUGGUGCAUUGUUUUAUUCCCGUUUAGGAUAGAUUAUUUUCUGAAUUUCAGUCACAGACUUCAGAGUUCAUAAGUGUUCAUGCUAAACUGUCAUAACUGAUAUAGUUUCACGUUAGUUUUGUUGGCAUGUGGUUGGUUGGCAUGUGGUUUGUAUCGAUGCAUGUGAUUGGAUGUGAAUACGUACACAGUUUGUGUUUUUUUGAUACUGUAGAUUUAUAACCUCAGUGAGGUAUAUUAAGAGAUUAGAAAAACGCUUUUUACAGUGCAAACUGUCCUUGUGAAUUGUGAGCAGCUGUAUGGCUCGUGUUAAUGCUAUUUGGUCAGGGAUUUAGGAGGAAACAUUGUUUUCUAUCGCUUUACUAUUUGACAUCAGAAUGCCAAUAUUCAGCAGAAUGCUUUUCUUUGCAGGUUAUCUUUUGACAUUCAAGAAUCGUAACCAAAUGUUGGAUCUGGAUUUAAAGUACAAUUUGGUUGAGUUUUGUGGGCUAAAUGUUACCAUGAAGAAAUUUUGUUUUUAUUUCUGUAUUGUUUGUUUUGUGAACUUUGUUUGAAAAAAGAAAUUGUGAGCACAGUUAUUUUGCUUGUUAUUUCCAGUUAUAUGAGCCAAAACUAGCAAAAACAGCAUAUCGCAUAUGUAUCACACCAAAGUUGAAUCUCAAAAUCUCCAUUUAUUGUUUUGUAUGCAUAUAUUUUACUAUAUGUUGAUAUAUUAUUCAUGAUCAUUUUUACUACAAUGUAUAUGUGAUAUGUAUAAAUAAUUCUGCUGAAUUUGAAAUUAAUAUGUACUAUGUUCUUGUAACCAAAACCUGUUUUGUUUAUUGGGAUGUACAGUCAUUAUCAUGUAUGUGUAUCUUUAAGUGAUGCCUUUGAAUGGCUGUUAUACAUAAACACAAUUUUUGUUUGCACUCAAAAGGUAUAAAAAAUAUAUACAAUUCUUCAGUGCUACUUGUUUUGAGGCAUUUAACACUGGCAAUAUACCUGUAAAUUACCAUGAGUUUGAAAUGUGUAUAUAUUCAUAUAUAUUCAUAAGAUAUGUAUCACCCAAUGUAUUUUACAUUGUAAAAAAUAUCUACAUAGAUCAUAUAACUGUUUAAUAAAAUAUUU